AUCCUAACCGUAAAUAUUUCUGCCGUACCAAAUACUACCAUAGGCUUGCUUUCACCCAGCUCGCUUUCUCCUCUGUACUUUCGUCAAUCUCUCUGUAAGAGCUGCAUCGCCGGUUUGUCAUAUCGUCGGUACUCAUACAACAUUUGAUGCCCUCAUGGCACCUAUAAGGGGCAUUCUUUCUCUACAAAGGACUGCUUUGAUUCAGCGCUCCGCUGAGAAUUGGAGCCAAGCAAGGAGAUUAUUCAACACCGCUGCAACAACUUCGACCACCCCACAGCCGCCACCCCCUCCGCCACCUCCAGAGAAGACACACUUUGGCGGUCUCAAAGAUGAGGAUCGCAUUUUUACAAACGUAUAUGGGCUACAUGAUCCCUUUCUCAAAGGCGCCAUGAAACGUGGAGACUGGUACAGGACAAAAGACCUAGUACUUAAGGGAGCUGAUUGGAUUGUUAAUGAGAUAAAGAAAUCUGGUCUUCGAGGGCGAGGUGGCGCUGGUUUUCCAUCUGGGCUUAAAUGGUCCUUUAUGCCAAAGACAUCUGAUGGCCGUCCCUCGUAUCUUGUUGUUAACGCUGAUGAAAGUGAACCUGGAACAUGUAAAGAUAGAGAAAUUAUGCGUCAUGAUCCACAUAAAUUACUUGAAGGUUGCUUAAUAGCUGGAGUAGGGAUGAGAGCCAGAGCUGCGUAUAUUUAUAUUCGGGGUGAGUAUGUGAAUGAGAGAAAGAACCUCGAGAAGGCAAGGAGAGAAGCUUAUGAAGCUGGUUACUUGGGCAAGAAUGCAUGUGGAUCAGGGUAUGAUUUUGAUGUGCAUAUCCACUUUGGUGCUGGGGCUUAUAUAUGUGGUGAAGAGACAGCUCUUCUAGAGAGCCUUGAGGGUAAACAAGGAAAGCCUAGGUUGAAGCCUCCUUUUCCAGCAAAUGCGGGUCUAUAUGGUUGCCCCACAACUGUUACAAAUGUUGAAACAGUGGCUGUAUCCCCCACCAUACUAAGGCGUGGACCAGAAUGGUUUGCAAGUUUCGGAAGGAAAAAUAAUUCUGGAACAAAACUUUUUUGUAUCUCAGGCCAUGUAAACAAACCUUGCACUGUUGAAGAGGAGAUGAGUAUACCACUGAAAGAGCUUAUCGAGAGACACUGUGGUGGUGUUCGUGGUGGAUGGGAUAAUUUACUCGCGGUUAUACCAGGUGGUUCAUCUGUUCCAUUAAUUCCCAAGAAUGUCUGUGAGGAUGUGCUAAUGGAUUUUGAUGCACUUAAGGCUGUGCAGUCAGGGUUAGGAACUGCUGCUGUCAUUGUGAUGGACAAGUCUACUGAUGUUGUCGAUGCUAUUGCAAGACUCUCUUACUUUUACAAGCACGAGAGUUGUGGACAAUGUACGCCUUGCAGAGAAGGUACAGGAUGGCUCUGGAUGAUCAUGGAGAGAAUGAAGGUGGGAAAUGCUAAGCUGGAGGAGAUUGACAUGCUUCAGGAGGUGACCAAGCAGAUUGAAGGACACACAAUUUGUGCCUUGGGUGAUGCCGCAGCUUGGCCAGUUCAGGGGCUUAUCAGGCACUUUAGACCAGAGCUUGAAAGGAGGAUCAGAGAGCGGGCAGACAGAGAGUUACAACAGGCUGCUGCUGCUUGAUUCUUCUAUAGAGGACAAUAUGUUUGCUGUGAGAUCCCAUCAAAUAAACUCGGAGAGGCAAUUCAGAAUUCUAUUUUAAUGGUGUAUUGUGUAUGACUGAUUAAGAUUCUAUAUUAUAUGUUUGAGAUCAGCCACUGUUCUUUAGGCUCAAUUGGUAUAUAACAUGAGAUGUCUUCCUCUCAUGAUUUCUAUCGUUUAAAGAACCGUUCGAUCAGUGUGUUUCUCUGUAAUUUUGUCAAUAAUUUAACUGACAUGUUACCGUCUCAAUACUCGAGCAUCGGUUGGUUGAA